UUCCGUUCUCAUAUUUGUUAACUUUAUUCAGAGUCUCCCCUGUCCGCCGAAAAGCACAGAGAGAAUUUGGUAUUCCACGAUUCCGGCCCAUCUAUUUCACCGGUGGCAAUGUCUCCAGAUCGGAAAAUCGAGCACGUCGCCGUGAGAUGAACCUGAAGUGGAAAGUUAAUCUGAUUAGCAAGUAGAGCUCCCCACCAUGGUGCUUGGCAAUCAGUCCAUUCGCGAAACUCACUAUGACAUACUAUCUGUGAAGGAAGAUGCUAGCUAUGAAGAUAUCAGAACAAGCUACAGAUCUGCCAUACUUAAUAGUCAUCCUGAUAAAUUACAAGCUACAUCUGAGUCGGGAGAUAGAUUCUUGAAGGUGCAAAAGGCUUGGGAAAUCCUCAGUGAUUCGAGGUCUCGUGCACUAUAUGACAAUAUGCUAAUAGCUUCUAGACAUGACACUUUUGUAGCCGAUGAUAUCAGCUUAGAAGACGUGAUGGCUGAAGAUGCAGGAGACGUCAUUCAGCUAUUUUACCAGUGUCGAUGUGGUGAUUAUUACUUUGUUGAUUCUUUGGAGUUGGAGAAAAUGGGGUAUGCUUUGUUAAGAGAUGGUAGCAAGCUAUCUUUUGAGGCACAAAAUGCUUUGCCGGCAUCACUAGUCCUUCCUUGUGGGUCUUGUUCUUUGAAAGUUCGGAUAUUAAUCAAUCCAGACGAUUUUGUUUCUAUUGAUCAUCACUGAAUGUGGUGAUGAAAUAUCUUGUUUGAAAGACUUUAAAUACAAAAGCCAGCACAAAAUUUCGAAUGGUUAUAUUGUCGCGAGCGGAUUCCAUGCGACUAUAAGCAAAUACGCAAUAGCUCUUGAGUUUUGAUUAAUUGAACCGAGAGCUUGGAGUUGAGAAAGAGUAUCUAGAGGUACCCAAGAGUCUAAGACAACGUUUUCCCACAAACAAGUUGUCGGCACAAGUCAUUUUUCAAUUUAUUUAAUAAAACCCAUGCCGAAGUAAUUGAGGUCAGAAAAUUCUGUUUUCUUAUACUUCAAUAAUAGCAUGAUCUUUGCGUCUCAAAUCUCCAAAUUGGGUCUAGCAAUUCUCCAUCCGAUCAAGUUUUCACUAAUUCAAGAAAUUUGAACGCCUACUUCCCUCUUACCCGGUUCUGAUCCCAACUCCCGGAAAUGGGUUCUUCCCAGAAAAGCUCCCAAUGGAGGAGCGUCUUCGACGGCGUGAAACUCAAGACCAUCCCAUCAGUGCCAGAAGCUCUAAUGGCCGAGAUCAACACUGCAAUUUGCAAUCUUGAAUACGCACGCGCCUCUGUUCUUCUCGAAUCUACGUCCCCUUCUUCUUCCUCUUCUUCAAUCUCGAAGAAUGAGAGCUCUGCUCAACCUCAGUUUGAUGCCCGGAAAGCGGAUCAGGCUUACAAGGCAGGCUGUGCUGCCUUGGCUGCUGGGAAGCUCGAUGAGGCUCUUCUGUCAUUGAAUGUUUCGCUUUCGAAAUGCCCACCUGAUCAGACCUCUGCCGUUGCGAAGCUUCAUUCGCUUAUCUCUCUCACAUCUCAGCAGCUGCACAAACCCACCAACUGAAUUGAUUGAUGCAGCUUUUCAGGUGUUGUAUCAGUGCUCCAGAGAACCGUUGGAUCAGCUUAUUGUAGACUGUAUAGAGUUUUAACACUCGGAAACCCUGUAGAACUUUCGCCAUGUUUUCUGCCUAGUUUGGAGUCAUAAUGUUAUAAUGGCAAUGCACCUUUUGGUGACAAAAGUUGGUAUGUGGUUUUGGAAAUAGGAAUGUGGAGCUAUUAAAUGAAUCUAAGUAGAUAGGAAGGUGAUGGCUUUCAUGUGGUUGCGACUUGUGAGCAUUACAGCUCAAUGUAGGGUGGUUGAUCACUGUCUAAGAUCAAAGACGUGUUUGAUUUUUUUGAUAUUUGAGAUGAUAUGGUUUCUGU